CCAAAUGGAUCGGUGGGCUGGAGGAAAUUAAUGUGCAGGAUGGAUUAACGUCUCACAAAGCAGAUUAAGCCACCAAGAAAUUGACAGAAAAUCAAAAUUACCAAAUUACUGGCAGUGCUCAUCAUCACCACAACCUCACACCUGCAGUGGCAGGGUCAUGCUUUGGGGCUGUUUUUGUUCGGCUGGAACUGGGACGUCAGCCAACACCAAAGAAAUUAUGAACAGUUCCAAAUAGCAGUCAUCGUGAGCAAAAACACGUCAGGCUUCUGUGAAAUAACAAAAUAAAUAAAUGACUACAUACAUACAUAACAAUGUAUGUGACUAGUUAAUUUUGAACUCAGCUACAUCCCCUGUUCUACCAAGGGAGUACACACGUGUGCCACCAGAUGAUAUCUGUUUAUUUUUACAUCUCCUCUCAAAAGAUUUUUUCCCCAGUUGAGUUGAACACGUUUUUGGUCAUGUUAAUGGUGAGAUAAAUUUUGAAAUAAUUGAACAAGGUCGAAGCUUUGUCACAGAAAUCUGUUAUUUGAACAGGGGUAAUGACGCACAGUGUUAGGGUGGCUUACAAAAAUAUUAGAUGCACUUUUUAGAAAUGGAAUGUGUCUCGCUUUUGAUUAUCAUCUUGGCCUACUACAGAAAAUAUUUAAUAUUACUCAUGAUGAUGGUACUUGGAAGUUGUGAACCCCGGCGGUGCUGCAUUUUGGGUUCACCAUUGGAGGAAUUCAGCAAAAUAUCAUUUUUGUCAAUCAGAAAGUACAUGCAUAUUAUAGAUUCACUCGUUUGAAUUGAACUACAACAAUAAAGUCUCCAACAAUAUUCAGAUUUAUCGAGAUGCACAUGUAAAAAGACCAGCAUUGCUUAUCAUUGAGGGGGAAAAAGCACAUGCGAUUUGUUUAUUUGAAAAUUUCCACCGUGACGUCACGCGCCGCAAGCGCAGACUCGGGAAGCCGCAUCUCACGCUUACCCCGGUGACGUCAUCGGACACCGAACGAGAAAAGGUCUGCGGGGGGCACGUUUCCCACUCGCCUGUGACGUCACCUUUUGUCGCUUCGCCACUGGGGGCUUUAUUAAAAGGAAAUAAAAGAACAUGUAUGGUCAGGUGGAGAGAACGUGUCUGUUAGAAGUGCGCUAUGUCCGGGUCUGUGUAUUUGGUGUUUCUGCGGAUCACUCAAUAAACGUGAAUCGGACCCUUUUCUUCUUCUUUUACUUCUUUUAUUGGACCGAUGUAGGGGUGGGCAGCAAUGGAGGAGCUCAUUAAACCGGAAGCCAUCGUGGAAGCCGUGAAGGCGCGCGUCAGCCAGAUCUCCGCCCCUCAGAGAGCGCUACUCGUGGCCGGCACGCCCGACUCCGAAACCAAGGCCAUCCUGGUGGACACCAUCACUGAGGUGAUCCAAAAGAUUACGUCAGACGUGGUAAAGCACCUGCAGCCGGUCUUCAUCGAGCACCUGCGAGGCCACGCGUCCCAGGCGCAGGUUAACAUGGCGAUUGACAGGUGCAGCCCAAGGCUCAGCGAAUGCAUCACGGAGACAUUCUCGGCUGCGUUGGACAGUCCGCCGCAGAAGUGCGAGGGUGUCAUGGAGCUCACCUCCCUCAUGGAGUCCGAAGUCAAGCACCGGGUCAACUCGGCCUUGUCGGUGGCCAAAAGCACAACCGAAUGGCCCUCGGAGCCCACCCUCCUCAUCCGAGGCACCAUGUCCAGUGUGGCCAACCUGGCCUCCAUCUUCCGCAAGGCCGUGGAAUACUUCCGGCAUGUGUUCGCGCGGGCUCGAACCCCACGCCAGUUGCUAUGCGGGAGCUCCGACAUGAAGGUCAACGAGAUGACAGACUCCGUGAGGCGGAUCCUUCUCAAGUGGUCCAACCCGAAGGAGGCGAAGGCGCCCGAUGUGGUGGACCCGGUCAUUUUGGAGGACGCGCACUCAGCGGCGGUCGAUAUCACCAGAACCAUCACUCAGGACACUUACGGCGGUUCCGGGGAUGCGUGCGUGCGCGGCGAGGCUCGCAUCACACGCUUCAACCUAAACUGGAAGCUGAUUUUAAAGAAAGUGAAGAACUUCUUCAAGACCCUUGAGAGGCAAUCCGGGGUCGCCGGCAAGAGAAUGCAGCGGCUCCGUUUCUUCCGCUUCGCUCGCAUGCAAUUCGCGCGCAUGCUCGGAUCACUCAAGAGCUCCUUCAAGAACCGGGACGCGUGCCUGGUGUCGCUCACGCCGGACCGCCGGUCCCGGACCGACGACAGUGGCAGCAGCCCGACCGUCGUGGGCAGCGACGGCCCCAAGUUGCCGGAGCUGCGGCCAGCCUACCGGACGAGCACGCUGGCUGUCCGGCAGUCCCAGCACCCGGUCUUCGACUUCGACUCCAUCCAGGAGAGCGUCGAUAAAUUAUACAACGAAUUCAGCCAGAUGGAUGUUCCGGACCGGGCCGGGAAAGUCAAGCGGUACAUUGACGAGAAGAUCGGGAGCUUCUCCGAGGGCCUCACGUCCCAGUUGUAUGCCUACGUCAUGUCUUGUCAGAAUGACGUGUACGAGGUGCCUUCGAGCCGCCCGAGGACACCCUUAAUGGACACGGUCCUCUGGGGCCGACGGGGGAAGAUCCACUGGGAUGGUCAGAUCUUCUCUCCGGAGGUGCUGUACGCCAUGACUGAGGAUGCCGUGUGGAGGUUCCUGCAGCAGCUCUUCCUCUGGCUGGAGAUGGAACCCGCCAACGAGGAGACAUAUGCGGACGAGGUGUCCGGCGCUCUCACGGACAUCAACCAGCUGGUGGAGAAAGCCAUGACCCCGCAAACCACCGCCAGUGAAGAACUCCCCCCAGAGGAACAGGUGGUCCCCAAGCUGGAUUUGGAACAGUCCUCGGAGGCCUCCACGUCCACGCUGCGCACCACUACCCCGGAGAUCCGAACCCGCACACCGAAGCUGCGCACUACCACUCCUGACUUGCGCACCGGCACCACGCCGGAAUUGCGCAGCGGCACCACGCCAGACGUGGGCACCACCAGCGACGAGGUGCUGUCCGAGCCGGAGUCCGACAAUAUCCCGGCGUUGCAGGAGAAGCUGACGCGCCUUCUGGUGUACACGCUGGUCACGCAGCUGGACCAGAGGCUGCAGCGCAAGCGCAAGACUGGUGUGCGCAUAGAUGCCCUCGUCCUCGUCAUCGAGCGGCUCCUCUACCGGGCCCUGGAAGAGAUCAGCCCCCGCCACAUCGAGGACAUCCGGACCUUGGCCAGCAUGGACCAGGUGGUCACGCCAGUGGUGAAGGACCUCAUGGUAGAGUUCGGCACCCCUCACAGACUGGUGGAGGCCGUAUUUUCGGACGACCCCAUGUUCGACGACGCCGUCUUCCGGCACCUCAAGAUCCACAUCAGCGCCCUCAAAGAUCCACCCAAGCGGGCUAACAUCUUCUCGAUUGUGAUCAAAGCUUUGACCAUGCUACGCUUCAUGGGGAGCUCCAUUUGACGUCACUUCCAGAUGUGGAAGUCCCUACAGUAUAUGCUGCACCUGUGUGACAGGUUCAAAAGAGACAUUACAGGUAAUUGGCAUUGGGUACACCCGGACACUCUUGUGAUUUAAGACAAUGCGCAGUUCUGAUUGACACUGUCAGAGGUGAUAACUUCUAUUUAUUCUCGUGAAAGGUUGGUGCAAUGCAUCAUUAAUAAUACUUAAUUUAGCUACAUUAGUGUCAAAAUAUUCAACAAAGCCAGAGUGUAGUGCAGUAAUAAACAUUUUAAAUAUACAAUUCAGAUUAUAUUACUCAUAAGAAUAUGGAUGUAUCAUCUUGUUGACUACAUAUAAAAGCGCAGUAAAGUUUCAAUAUGCUCAAUUUAUGUCCUUCACAGAAGAAUCCACUUACUCCAUAUCCCCACUCAAGUCUCAUUUUGGCACUCCAAUGCAAGAGUUGUCCCUUAUAUAAUUACUGUAGUUUAACUACAGUAAUAACAUUUCUGACAGUGUCAAUUAAAUCAGCAUAUGGGUAUUUAGCACCUAAUGUUUCAGAUCAGGAUUUUGUAUUAAGACAUUACCAUUCAUAGCAUCCUUGAAAUUCUCUCUCUCUCUCUCUCUCUCUCUCUCUCUCUCUCUCUCUCUCUCUCUCUCUCUCUCUCUCUCUCUCUCUCUCUCUAUAUAUAUAUAUAUAUAUAGACUGGACAACAGGAUACACAAAAAAACAUUUUUUUUAACGGCAGAAAAUGUCGCCAGGUGUGCAGUAAUGUCCCUGCAGGUGCUAUACAAGUGACAGUGCUGUGAAUGCUGGGUAAAAAUUGGGGCUGAGAGCCUACUGCGCAGCUAAACGUUGAGGGCAUUUGAGUUGCUUUUGAACUACAACCCAUCUGGUUGCGGCAGGAAUGAAUGGCAAAUUAAUUUUUUUUUUCUUAAUUUUGAAACUGUAGAGCUCACCUUUUUUAACCGUACACCCCCCCCCCCCCCAUAAUAUCUGCUACACCUGCAAAACACGAUUUGUAUACGGUAAUCUAUUUUGUAUUUCUAAUAAUAACCCAGUUCUACACAACAGAUAACUGGAGCCACAGUCCAAAUUACAUUGACAUUGUACGACAAGGUUGUCCUGAUCCAAUGACGUAAUUUCAACAUCUGAUUUCUUGAUUUCUAAAGGUAGCAAAUAAAGCUAUGCAAUAUGCGGAUGGAUAGUGAAGUGUGAAGUAAACAUCUGCUGUAUGAUAUAUCCCUUUAUUGUUUAUAUUGUUAUUUUGACAUGUUGGGUUUGGUUGAUCCACUAAUUCAAGAACAACAGUCGCUUUUCCAUUUUGUCGUCAUUCUUCAAUCUGCAGGCAUGACCAAUCUCCACUAGCUAAAUUCAACAGCUGCAUCCGUGUAACAGUUGGUUUGAAUGUAAAUUGAUUCGUCAUUCCUGGAGAGUGGGGCUGGAAGAUGACAUGUGACUUAAUGUUUUGCACUGUGCAAAAGUACGUUCAUUUAACCUCUCUAAUCAAGAGCCUUCAGGACUUUUUGCAUUUCACUUGGGUUUUUUAGGAGUGUUUGUGGGGCAGUGCGAAAGGUCAACAGCGCAAGCUGGCCCCUAUUUGGAAGUGCUUGCUCAGUAGCCUAGCAGGAAGGAACAAUGAGGCUUUUCCCACUGGUUGGUCUAUUGCUAAUAGCACUCUAACAUCACUCACCCAAUCCCUCUCCUAUUGGAUACACUUUUCCGACAUCAUUGCGACGGCACGUUAAUCGGCAACCUUGCAUGCUGCGACUCCAUGCGGUGAAUAACUAAGUGCAGUAAGAUUAAGAUAACAUUUAUUUGUGCCACACUGGGGAAAUUUACAGCCUACAGCAGCAAGAAUGUGGGUAGAAAGAAGAAAGAAGAAAAAAACCAAACAACGUUCAAUUAAGUGCAAUAUAAAUACAAAAUGGAUAAAUCGCAGUGCUAUAUACAAUUGUUUUUCACAUCAUUUAAUUAUUAUUAUUAUUAUUAUUGUUAUUAUUUUUAUUCAGCAGCCUGACAGCAGUCAGUAGGAACGAGCGUCAGUAUCUCUCCUGGAAGAAAAGGCCUAAAAGUAGCAGCAGCAGGUCAUUUGGCAGCCUGAGCUUUUAAUGCACUUGAAUCUCAAUCAGGGGCACUG